GCGGCGGCCGGCAGCGGGAGAAGUGCAAGCAUGGCAUCCAUAGAAGAAAACUUUCCCCGAGGGGGAAUUCCGAAGAAACCCACAGAGAAAACAGGAAAAACACCCAAACCAACGAUAGAACAGGACAACUUGUUUGAUGUUCGCCAUGAAGAACAAUCCCAGAAAAGGAAAAGGAAUCAGGAGGAUCUAGGAAAGCAGAAAAAGUUCAAGGCAGACAGAAAAGCUAAUGCUAAAGACAAUACUACAAAUAUUGAACCACUCACAAUUGAGCACCUUUGUGAGGGGAUGCUGCUCCUGGGUUGUAUAAAAGAGGUCAGUGACUUUGAGCUCGUCAUCAGCUUGCCCAAUGGACUUACAGGAUUUGUGCCAGUCACGCAGAUCAGCGAUGCUUACAGCAACAUGCUGAGCAAGCAGGUGGCCCAAGGGGAACUCUUGGAGGACUUGCAUUCUCUCUCGGACAUGUAUUCUCCAGGGAUACUGGUCAGAUGCAUUGUGACCAGCGUUGAGAAAAGUGCUGAUGGUCGUCGGAGUGUCAAAUUAUCAAUCAACCCCAAAAAUGUCAAUAAGGGUCUGAAUGCUACAGCACUAACAUCAGGAAUGCUGCUCUCUGGCUUUGUGUCUAGUGCAGAAGACCAUGGCUAUCUCAUUGAUAUUGGAGUCAGCGGGACUCAUGCUUUUCUGCCUCGUCAGAAAGCCCAAAAUUACGUCAAGAGAGGGCCUGACUUGAAAAUAGGUCAGAACCUGAACUGUGUCAUCGAGGAAGUAAAGAAUGAGGGAAGAAUUGUCCGUUUAUCUGUGGAUCGAUCAGAGGUUGCUGCAUCCCUUGCAACAGAGCAACAGAACUGGACGCUCUCUAAUUUACUGCCAGGGCUGGUGUUGAAAGCUAAAGUGCAGAAGGUAGAUCCACUGGGGAUCAGACUGACCUUUCUGUCUUCCUUCUCUGGCGUUGUGGAUUUCAUGCAUGUGGACCCAGAUAAAUCCAUGAACUAUUCUCCAAAUCAAGUGGUGAAAGCCUGCAUCCUCUCUGUUCACCCCACCUCCAAGGUGGUGCGGCUUACUCUGCGGCAGGCGUUCCUCAACCCUGGAGGAUCCCCAAACCAAGUCUCCAGUGAUCGAAUAGGGGCAGUGGUGGAGGAGUCAACAGUGAAGUCUUUCUACAAGCAGUUUGGUGCCAUCUUUAAGCUUGAUGAUGGCACUUAUGCAUUUGCACGGUUGAAACAUCUGUCAAAAACCAGAAAAUCCUUUAAACCUGCAUCAUUCAAGGCAGGAUAUAAACAUAAAUGUCGUAUCAUUGACUACAGCCUGAUGGACGAGAUGUGUAUUGUAUCUCUGAAGUAUCAAGUUAUUGGAGCUCGUUUUCUGCUGUACCGGGAUAUUCACACAGGGGAUGUGGUGCAGGGCAGAGUGUUGGCUCUGAAACCUAUUGGGAUGCAGGUGAAAGUGACUGAUGGAAUUAAAGGGCUUGUGCCAUCCAUGCAUCUUGCAGAUGUGAUCCUGAAGCAGCCUGAGAAGAAGUACAAGAUAGGAGAUGAAGUCAAGUGUCGGGUGCUAGAGUGCAAUCCUGAAGAAAAGAAGCUAUUCCUUACUUUAAAGAAAACUCUUAUUCAAUCAAAACUUCCAAUCCUCUCCAAUUACGAAGAUGCAGUACCGGGUCUGAUCACACAUGGCUUUGUGGUGUGUGCAAGGGAAUUUGGCUGCAUUGUAAAGUUCUACAAUGAUGUCAAAGGUCUGGUACCAAAGAAUGAGUUGAGCACAGAGCCCAUAUCUUGUCCUGACAAAGUCUUCCAUGAAGGCCAGGUUGUUAAAGUAAUGGUUUUAAAAUGUGAGCCUGAGCAGGAAAGGCUCUUGCUGUCCUUCAAGUUAUCAAGCAGGUCUGCGCCUGAGGGCAACAGUGAACAUACUCCAAAGAAGAAAUGGGAAGUGAAAUAUCAAAUAGGAGAGAUGGUUGAUGUGAAAGUCUUGAAGAAGAAAGAGAAUGGGCUAGAGGUUUCUAUCUUAGAAGACGAAGGCAAUGUGAUAGCCUUGCUUCCCACAGUGUACCUCUCUGACUUUGUUGCUAACUGCAAGCUCCUGUGGCACUGUCUUCAAGAGGGAGAUGUUUUGCCCAGAGUUAUGUGCCUAAGUGACAAGGGGGACCGUAUUAUCUUGUGCAGGAAGUCUGCGGUGAUUUCUGCUGUACAGGAGGAGCAAGUUGUGAGAAAUUUCUCUGAAAUCCAGCCUGGGAUGCUGUUGACUGGUUACGUGAAGAAUGUUAUGCACUUUGGAGUGUUUGUGGAGUUCCCUUUUGGUGUGACAGGACUGGCACCCAAAGUGAACAUGAGUGACAAGUUUGUGACAGACACCAAGGACCACUUUGUGGUGGGACAGACCGUGAUUGCGAAGGUGAUGAGCAUUGAUGAGGAGAAGCAGCGUGUGCUCCUUAACCUGAAGGUCUCAGAGUGCAGCUCAGGCAAUCCAGCUGCAGAGAGCUUUUCCCUACUGAAUCAAUAUUUCAAGGAGGUGAAGGAAAUCAGGAGCUUACUGAAAAGAAGAGGAGAGUCUGGCAUAGCCCGAAGCCUUUGUGAAUUGAUGCCUGGGAAGGAGCUGCAGCUGGUUGUGCAGGAUGUGAAGGAGGAUGGCUCAGCACUGUUCAGUGGCAGCUGUGUCACAGGCUUGACUGUAACAGCCACUCGCUAUCAUUUGGGAGGUAGAAGUAUUGCUCCUGGUGAGAAGACAAAGGGAUUGGUUCUUCAUGUGGAUGCUCUCACAUCCAAGGUGUAUAUUUCUCUUCGAGAAGAGCUGUUAAAGCAAAGACCCAAGCAACAACUCACAGAGAACUCCCAGCACUCUGCCAUUGUGCAGCACAUAGCAGAAGAGUUUGCCAUUGUGUCUCUGGAAACAGGCCAGCUGGCAGCUAUCCCCAUAGCCUCUCACUUCAAUGAUACCUUCCGCUUUGACUCAGAAAAACUGAAGGUGGGACAAACAAUCUAUGCAACCCUAAAAAUGGUGAAGGUGAAUGACCAUGGAGUCCUGUUGGCAGUACAAGACCGAGCAAAGAAGAAUGUUUUUGUAAGGGUCCGGAAAGAAUCCGAGACGACAUUAGAAGAGACGCUUGCUGCUGCUGUGACACACUCUCUUUCCGUGGGGGAUAUUGUCACUGGUACUGUUAAAUCCGUCAAACCAACCCAUGUCACAGUUGCUAUUGAUGACAAGGUGACAGGUUCAAUCCAUGCAUCCCGGAUUCUGGAUGAAGUGCCCAUAGACUCUUUUCCAACAUACACUCUGAAAGCUGGACAGAAGGUGACUGCCCGGGUCAUUGGAGGCAGAGAUGUGAAUACUCACAGGUAUCUGCCCAUCACCCAUCCACACUUCACACGGUCUAUUCCAGAGCUCAGCAUUCGACCAAGUGAAAUAGAAGGGAAAGCUGAAACAAUGGAAGAUGGCACCCUCAAGAAACCUGGACUCUACGAUGUUGGACAGACAGUCACCUGUUUUGUGAAGAAGUAUAACAUCCUCAAAAAUUGGCUGGAGGUAGAAGUCACCUCUGAUAUUCGAGGAAGAGUCCCUCGUCUGAUGCUGUCUCUGAGCACUAAGGUUUUAAAACAUCCAGAAAAGAACUUCAAAAAUGGACAAGCAUUGUCUGCUACAGUGACUGGAACAGGUGUCACCGAAACAAACCUCUUCUUGUCACUCACAGGAAUUCCAUCACUGCAGCAAGGUACCAUCACUGUAGGUGUGAUAGCAAAGAUGAUUCCUCACAUUGGUUUGACCAUCACGCUGCCAGGUGGGAAGACUGGCAAAGUCAGUAUUUUUCACCUGAGUGAUAAGUACACAGAGAAUCCUCUGAGCGACUUCAAAAUUGGCAAGGUUGUCAGGUGUUACAUCCUCGCCAACGAGAAUGGCAAAAUCCAGUUAUCUCUUCGGCAAUCCAGGCUAAACCCAAGGAACAGCAACAAAGUGGAGGAUGCUGAAAUAACAUCUAUUAAGGAUGUUAAAAAAGGCCAGCUAGUAAGAGGCUAUGUCAAAUCAGUCACUCCAUCAGGCGUAUUCUUUAGCUUGUCUGCAUCUCUUCAGGGCCGAAUCUUGUUCCAGAAUGUUUCCACUUACUAUGUACAGAAAUACUCCUUAUAUGAGAAAUACCUGCCUGAAGGAAAGCUUCUCACUGCCAAGGUCCUUAGUGUAAAUGAAAAAGAAAAUCACGUUGAGCUGUCUCUCCUGCCUGAACACACUGGGAUGCCAAGUGUCUUGCCUGAAUCCCUAGGCUUACCACGCCGUGGUUCAGGGGAAGAGAAAAGAGAAGAUGACAAGGAAAAGAGAGACGAGCUUAAAAGGAAGACAAAACAGAGGAGAGGGAGCUCUGAAAUUGAGCAGGAAGCAAAGCCAAAAAAAAGGAAGGUCUGUCCAACAGAUGAAAAUGACAGUGGAAUUGAGGUAUAUUACCGGGAAGAGGAAGAUGGUGACCAGGAGGAAGAGGCAGCUGAAAGUAAAUCUAAGAUAAGGAAACGUGGUGAAGCUCCCAGACUGCAGGUUUCCACAGGCUUCACCUGGGAUGAGGACAUGAAAGCAGUGGAUAUGGCUGUACUGAAUCAGAAGGAAGAAAGCUCGGAGAGCGAGGAGGAAGAGGAGAAUCCACAGUCUAAGCCAAAGAAACAAACAAAGAAGGAGAAGGAGCUGGAGAAGCAGAAGAAGGAGAAGGAGCUUUGCAAAUUAGAGGCAGCUCUGAUGGAUCCUAGUCGUCAGCCCCAGUCAGCAGAUGAUUUUGACCGCCUGGUACUGAGCAGUCCCGACAGCUCCAUCCUCUGGCUGCAGUACAUGGCUUUCCACCUCCAGGCUACUGAGAUUGAGAAGGCCAGAGCUGUGGCAGAGAGAGCGCUUAAAACAAUUUGCUUCAGGGAAGAACAAGAGAAGCUGAAUGUCUGGGUUGCUCUGCUGAACUUGGAGAACAUGUACGGUACUGAGGAGACGCUGAUGAAGGUCUUUGAGAGAGCUGUUCAGUACAAUGAGCCUCUGAAAGUCUUCCAGCAUUUGUGUGACAUCUAUGCCAAUUCUGAGAAGUACAAGCAAGCAGAAGAAUUGUACCACACAAUGCUGAGGCGUUUUCGUCAGGAGAAAUCAGUGUGGCUGAAAUACGCCUCCUUCCUCCUGAAGCAAGGCCAGGCUGAGGCUACACACAAGCUUUUGGAGCGUGCUCUCAAGGCUCUGCCCACUAAAGAACAUGUGGAUGUUAUUUCAAGGUUUGCACAGCUGGAGUUCCGUUUUGGGGACACAGAACAUGCCAAAGCCCUCUUUGAUAGCACCCUCAACAGCUACCCCAAGCGGACAGACAUCUGGUCUAUCUACAUGGACAUCAUGAUCAAACAUGGCAGCCAGAAGGAAGUGCGGGACAUCUUCGAGAGGGUCAUACACCUGAACUUGGCACCAAAGAAGAUGAAAUUCUUCUUCAAGCGCUACCUGGAUUAUGAGAAGAAAUAUGGUACAGAAGAAACAAUCUUGGCUGUUAAAACAGCUGCGCUAGAGUAUGUAGAGGCCAAGAGUUCCUUUGCUAACACCUAAAUACAGUACAAGUAAAAGUAGAGAGACUCAGCUCUCCAUGCAAAGUGGGAACUGAGAGGCAUGGAGUUCCAUUGUGGAUGUCUGUGGACAGUGGAUUUCUGGAGAAUAUUGGUCUAUGACCAAACCAAACUGAAAGAUCAAACAAUCUAAAGAAAAGAUCUGAUAAAUGUUUGCAGCUUUGUCUGGAUGUUACAAAUCCUUAUCUGUUGAUGACUUUGAAGACAGUUUUUUUUAAGUAGAGACUGUUUUAUAAUCAAUAGUGUUGGUGCCUU